AUUCGAUUUUGGUCAGUAGCGCAAGUAGAACGUGGCUAAAUCCGAUCGCUCUUGCGGUAAAUAAACACUUUUGGCGAACAAAAUUGGAUCAAGGACUUUUGAGAGUAAAAUGACCACUGAAGUUGAUAAAGGUCCCCUUCUGGGUAUACGGCAUCUGCAGGCGCUACUUAUAUUUAUUACAAUAACAUCUGUUUACAUUGGACGCCUCAAUGCUGGUGUUUCUGUUGUGGCCAUGACCAAUGCGGAGUCUACGAAUCCCGAUUUUCCGGAAUAUGACUGGACAGAGGCGGAGAAAUCCUAUAUUUUGUCUAGCUUUUACUGGGGCUACGUUAUUACCCAGUUUUUGGGAGGAUUUUUAUGCAAGCUAUUUGGGGCGAAGACUGUGAUAUUUUGGGCCACUUUUGGAUCCGGUGUCUGCAGCUGCAUCACUCCCCUAUUCAUAGGCUGGGGAGGCUGGGGCACCUAUUGCGCCAUUCGAGUCUUAAUGGGAUGCUUUCAGGGACUGAUUUUUCCAAGCAUUCACCAGCAUUUGGCACGUUGGUCGCCGCCAAAGGAACGCAAUCGAUUGGGCGCUUUGAGUCACACAGGCAUCGAGUGCGGUAAUGUGUUGUCCAUGUUUGUCAGUGGCAUGAUUGCCAAAGGUCCCAUGGGCUGGCCGGGCAUUUCCUACAUAUCCGCAGGUGUGGCAUUUGCCAGCUGUGCCUUGUGGUUCGUCCUCUCAGCUAAUAAUGCCACUGAGUCUCGUUUUAUCGGCGAAGCGGAGAGGCACUAUAUAGAGUCAUCUCUGAAGCAUGGAGUGAAUUACCAUCACGCUGUAAUUCCCAUACCAUGGAAAGCAAUUUGGACUUCGGUGCCGUUCUUGGCGCUGCUAGUAGCCCGCUGUGCUGAAUCCUGGGGACUGAGUACACUCCAGGCUGAGAUACCUGCUUAUAUGAAUGGAGUCCUACAAAUGGAUAUUAAGGAUAAUGCUACGUUUUCUGCACUACCCUUCCUCGCCAUGUGGAUAAUGUCGUAUGUGUAUCUGGUCUCGGCGGAUAUUCUGCUCACGGGGAAAUGGCUCUCGCUGACGGCCCUACGGAAGACCUUCAACUCGAUGGCAUUCUGGAUACCCGCCGCAACCCUCAUAGGCAUUGGAUUUCUUGAUGUAGACCAGAAAACCAUGGCAAUUGUACUGAUGACCCUCAGUGUGGGUUUCAACAGCGGCGCCACCAUUGGCUCCUCUCUCAACUCCAUUGAUUUGUCACCCAAUCAUGCCAGCAUUCUCAUGGGCAUUAUAAAUACGGCUGCGAAUGCGGUGCCCAUUUUCACACCUAUAGUUGUGGGUCAGAUUGUCAGUGAUAAUGGCAAUCGCAAUCAGUGGCAAAUUGUGUUUAUUAUCUCCUCCGUGGUGUUCUUUGUGGGCAACUGCAUCUUCUUGGCCUUUGGUACUGCCGUUUCUCAACCCUGGGAUGCUGAAGAUUACUUGAUGCGUCCUCAACCCGGGCUGGCAUUGCCUUCAACAUCAAGUGAAAAGUCGAAAUCAAAAGAGAUCGAUCAGUAGCUAACCAAAAUCGGGUUGCUAUUGAGCAAUGUUUACAGAUUUUAAUGAAGUAAAGAUCAGUGGUUUUUAUGAUA